CAAACUUGUGCCGCGGUUAUCAAACUGUCUUGUUACAUUCGUGUACAUUUGCGCUGAAAGUUUGUGAAGUUCUGUUAACGAUAUAAUGUUGCAAUAAGUUACCGUCGGAUAUUAUUUCCAGUGAUGACACAAUCCGUUGUUGUACAAGGUGAGUUUGUUUGCUGUCUGCUACGAUUUUUGAGCAUUGACAAAGAUGAUCUAUAUUUUUUAUAUAUUUAUUAUUUUUUAUUUAACCUUUAUUUAACCAGGUAAGCCAGUUGAGAACAAGUUCUCAUUUACAACUGCGACCUGGCCAAGAUAAAGCAAAGCAGUGCGAUAAAAACAAUAACACAGAGUUACAUAUGGGGUAAAACAAAACAUAAAGUCAAAAAUACAACAGAAAAUAUAUAUACAGUGUGUGCAAAUGUAGCAAGUUAUGGAGGUAAGGCAAUAAAUAGGCUAUAGUGCAAAAUAAUUACAAUUAGUAUUAACACUGGAAUGAUAGAUGUGCAAGAGAUGAUGUGCAAAUAGAGAUACUGGGGUGCAAAUGAGCAAAAUAAAUAACAAUAUGGGGAUGAGGUAGUUGGGUGGGCUAAUUUCAGAUGGGCUGUGUAUAUUGAGCACAUUGUUUACCGUGGUCUCGUAAAUAAAGCAGCGCCAUGUUGGCGGAAGUUGUGUUACCCAGAUGGCUGAUGAUGAGUAAGGAAUAUCAACGGGAAUAGCAUUACUUGAAACUGGAAGAGCUAGCUAAUGUUUAUAUGGGUCAGCUGGUUUCAUAAUUUUCUAUGACUGACUAUCCCCUUAGCUUUCAUGGUCUGUGUUCUGCAGUUGGACAGUGUGGUAACCAGGUGGGCUGCAGGUUUUGGGAUCUUGCUUUGCGGGAACAUUCCCAUGUCAAUAAAGUAAGUAAUACUUUUUAAAGAAAAUAAUUAAAGGUGAAAUAUUUGAUUUGAUGUGGAAAAAGUUCAGGCUGGUAGCCUAAAUAUACCUGUCUCCUGUUGUUGUAUCACUUGCUGUGUUGAAUUGGGACAGGAAGUAAGUAUACUGGUAUGUUUCCAUUGGACAUAGCAUAGGCUAUUCAUUAUCUGAACAGCAGUAUCUCUAACAUGUCUUUCCUAUUUUUUAGAAAGGAAUCUACGAUGAGGCGCUGAGCAGCUUCUUUCGGAAUGUUGACUCAAGGUAAUUCCAUCCCGCCAAUCUCUUGCUGUGAUCCAUUCAACCCUAGCUACUACAUGGCUGUGAAACGUGCAUGUUCAGUCAGACAACCAAAUGACCACUGUGGUUCACUGCUAUGUGUAUUUCCAGGAGAAGCGUUGGGGGAUCUUGUGACAUCACCGGUGGGAGGAUCCAAUCCCUGAAGGCCAGGGUAAAUUCCAGUGAUGAGUUAUUGCUACAGUUUGAUUGAUGUGUGUUUGUGUGUCGGCUUCACACCCUCUGACAAGACUAAUGUAUUCUACAGGCGGUGCUGGUGGACAUGGAGGAGGGUGUGGUGAAUGAGAUCCUACAAGGCCCGCUGAGAGAAUUGUUUGACAGCACUCAGCUCAUCACUGAUGUAUCCGGCUCAGGCAACAACUGGUUAGGGACUGUCUGCCUGCCUCACGGGGUGCCAUCUCAGAUGCCUUCAAAAUACUGCUUAUGAAAGUCAUUUUUUUUGUUCUGUAUAGGCUGUACAUGGUAAUUUCCCAGCCUGGUCCCAGAUCUGUUGGUGCUCUUGCCAACUCCAUUGCUCAUUUCUUAUGGCAUGACUAUGAGUGACAAGGACUGAUAGCACCAGACUGGCACCCAGUAGUCAUUUCCACCAGUACUAUUGCAGGUACAUUUUAUGUUUGAUAACAUGAAUUUGUAAAACAAUGGCAAGUGUGCCACCCGUUUAUUAUUUUCCAGGGCAGUGGGCCACUGGACGUAUGGCUCAGCCUACAGGGAACAGAUCGUGGACCAGCUGAGGAGGGCAGCAGAGCAUUGUGACUGCCUGCAGUGCUUCUUUCUCAUUCACUCCAUGGGUGGAGGUGAGGACUCAGGAGUGUACAAAUGUAUUCAUAGUCUCAUAACUACUGAAACACAUUAUUAAACACAUUAUUACUACAUGAACGGCAUUGGUGCUUUUUCAGUGUGACGUUUUGGAUAACCAUGAUGUGUUGUGUCCUAUGCUGUGAUGGUCAGGGACUGGAUCAGGCCUGGGCACCUGUGUGUUGAAACUUCUGGAGGAGGAGUUCCCCGAGGUAUGUCGUAUCGUCACCUCAGUCUACCCCUCAGCAGAGGACGAUGUCAUCACUUCCCCCUACAACAGUGUCCUGGCCAUGCGAGAGCUCACCGAGCACGCCGACUGUGUCCUCCCUGUGGAGAAUCAGGUGUGUGUGCGUGCGUGCAAGGUAUUUCCUUAUUAUGCAUAUGAUACAUGACAAUGUUUCACAAUCUGUUACUGACUGUUGUAAAUAACAAUUCCCUUCCAUUUGUCCAUUCUUAUGAUUCCUCUUCCAGUCAUUGGUAGACAUAAUGAACAAGAUCAAGCACAUGUCCCACAGUGGGAAGCCAGGUUCUGUGAUCAAGAAGGACAGUGCCAUCAUCUCAGGCCAGGGAGGGGUCAGUGGAGCCGAGAAGCCUUUUGAUGCCAUGAACAACAUCGUAGCCAACCUGCUGCUCAAUAUCACCAGGUAGACUACUGGAGACAAACUGUCUGCUGUCUGUGGCACUAGGCCUUUUAUUGACCUUCACAGACCCUCUUCAUUAAGCCUUCCAGGUGUUUGAGUCUGGUCUCCUCCAGUGCAUUUUACUGCCAGUGUAAAAAUCAACAUCUGUCUUUUUUAAAGAAAUUUUAGAGGAAAUUCUGAAUUAAGUGCUGCAAUAGAAUUUCAAAAACCCACCCACCACCAACGACUUAAUUGCACAGUGCAGUCAUUGCACUGUUAAAGGGGUUAUUUAUGUCAAUAAAGAAGACUAGUUGUUAGUUUUAGGCGAUAGCGUUUGUCUGCUUGAUUCUGAAAUGUCUGAUGUGUGAUAUCAAUUAACUGUUUGUUUCUCUGAUGUUGCAGUUCAGCUCGUUUUGAGGGAUCACUCAACAUGGACCUGAAUGAGAUAGCCAUGAACCUAGUGCCCUUCCCUCGACUGCACUACUUGGUGCCCAGCCUCACCCCUCUCUACACCCUGGCUGAUGUCAACAUCCCCACCAGAAGGUCUGCUCUGCUGUCCCUACUGCUAUUUUUACUCAUAUUUGUUUAGACUCUUAAGUAACUCAGGUUAUUAUAUUUGGAGCUCCUCCACCGGCAUCAGUACAAGUACCGUUUGUUGACAGUUAUUGAAUGGCAAAGCUUUGUCUUAUCCAUUUCUGUCUUCUCUGAUCUGUGCUGUAUAAAACAGUGACAGUGAUAGCGUGAUACUACGCAUUUGUUAUAAAUCCAGGUAUCUCAAAAUUGAAUCUCUGGAUUAGAGGUUGACCAGGGAACAGGACUCCUGCGGGAUUCGUGCAGGAACAGGACUUACAUUCUAGAGUCAAGUUCAGGACGGGAUAGGGCUGCACAAGUAAUCACAUUUUAAUUGAAAUUGCGAUAUUGACAUGUGCAAUAUCGGAAGAGGCUGCAAUUUAAAAGAAAUAUUUUUCGCUAUACGUGUAACGUCCAUUUUUUCUGGUUUACUCUGUUAGUCGUCUCGCUCCAGUUUCCCUCUCUCUCAUGCAGCUGCUUGCUUCCGACACACAAGUGACACACCAAGCUCCACCCCGUGUCACUCAAGCAGGCACAGCUUGAGUGACAUGCUCGACAUGCUUACUCGUUGUAGAAAGAUGAUACCAGAGUUUCCCACUUGGGAAAUAUCUGAAUCAAACAAUAGGAAGCUCUACGCAAAUAACUUUUUAUUUGAACUCUGAGGUCCCGAGUUUCCGAAAUGCAUUAGAGACAGCUUGAGUCUGCAUGCUUCUGCUAGCUAGCCCAUGCAUUCAAGAAACAAGAACGAUACCGCUUUCAACUUUGCUUCUUCAUAUCAAUCCACAUGUUGUUUUGUAUUAUACUAUUAGUUUCUGUAUCUUUAUCUCUGCCAACAGCUAGUAUGUUAGUCUUAGCAUGCUCCACAUCAUGUGGCAAAUAAUGUUUGCGUUAGCUGCUAAUGCUGGCUAGCUAAAUACAUUGAGCUAGCAAAGAUUAUGGAGCUAGGGCAUAUCUGGCUAGCAAACGUUAGCUAUAAUGCAGGCUCGUGCCAGUGGUGGUGCCAGAAUGUUGCUUGUGCAACGUCAUGUUCUGAAUCCGAGAGAAUAGGUGAAGCAGAUUCUAAAAUAAUUGUCAGAAUAUAACAUUUCUAUUCAAAAGGUUGGGUCCCCUGGGAAAAACUGACCAACACUUUGGUUUCUACCCUGUCACAACUCCUACUAUACUGGCUUUUUCAUUCAUUGUCAUGACAAACAACAACACCAACCAUAGAAUUAGAAUAGCCUACUCAUUUUUAUUUAUAUGAUUCCAACAGUUCACAUAAUAUACAGUGCAUUUGGAAAGUAUUCAGAUCCCUUCCCUUUUUCCAUAUUUUGUUAUGUUACAGCCUUAUUCUAAAAUUGCUUAAAUAUAAAAAUGUUCCUCAUCAAUCUACACACAGUACCCCAUAAUGACAAAGCGAAAACAGGUUUUUAGACAUUUUUGCAAAUGUAUUUAAAAUAAAAAGCCAAAAUACCUUAUUUACAUAAGUAUUCAGACCCUUUGCUAUGCCCGGGCAAACUGAGCAAUCGGGGGAGAAGGGCCUUGGUCAGGGAGGUGACCAAGAACCCAAUAGUCACUCUGACAGAGCUCCAGAGAACCUUCCAGAAGGACAACCAUCUCUGCAGCACUCCACCAAUCAGGACUUUAUGGUAGAUUGGCCAGACAAAAGCCACUCCUCAUUAAAAGGCACAUGACAGCCCGCUUGGAGUUUGCCAAAAGGCACCUAAAGGACUCAGAUCAUGAGAAACAAGAUUCUCUGGUCUGAUGAAACCAAGAUUGAACUCUUUGGCCUGAAUGCCAAGCGUCACGUCUGGAGUAAAUCUGGCACCAUCCCUACGGUGAAGCAUGGUGGUGGCAGCAUAAUGCUGUGGGGAUGUUUUUCAGCGGCAGGUACUGGGAGACUAGUCAGGAUCGAGGGAAAGAUGAAUGGGGCAAAGUACAGAGAUUAUUUAUAAAUUAGCAUUAUGGUGUAUUGUAUGUAGAUUGAUGAGGGGGAAAAAACAAUUUAAUCCAUUUUAGAAUAAGGCUAUAAUUUAACAAAAUGUGGAAAAAGUCAAGGGGUCUGAAUACUUUCCGAAUGCACUGUAUAUAUUGUAAUGACCUGGCUAGAUCAUAAAUGAACAAAUGUCCAGACAGAGGAUUUAGUUUACGAAUUCCCAGUUUAUUAACCAAACUCAACACAGGCUACUGUUUGGCCGUAGCCCACGCCAAAUAAAUCAAGGAUAAACUCACGCAGCAGAGUGCCGCUAAAGGAAUAAGUUAUUUCUGAUUUCUGAGUGUUCAAAUGAGCACGGGACAGGGGGGGGGGGGGGGGUUUAUCGGGACAGGACAGAAAAGUUGUGGGGUUAUAGAACUGUUGUGGGAUUGGGACAGUACAGGCAAAAAAUUUACAGGACAAGACGGAACAGGAAUGAAUUUUCACUCCUGUGUCAACCUCUAUUCAAGAUGAACGUGGGAAAUAUAUUAGCAGCACAUUGUGCCAAUGAUCAUGUCCAGGCCUGUGAAGUGUACUGCAAAAGGGCUAGUGUGGUAUUUCAGUUUUCUUAGUUGAAUGCACUUUUUUUGUUAUUGUUAGGCACCAUAAUAGUGUCUGCUGAAUGAGUCAAAGGUAAAUGGCAUGUAUCCCUUCUGUAUAUUUGUUGUUCCUUAGCUGUGCACUCUGUCUGCCUCAGGCUUGAUCAGAUGUUCACUGAUGCCUUCAGUAAAGACCACCAGCUGAUCCGGGCUGACCCCAAACACAGCCUGUACCUGGCCUGUGCCCUCAUGGUCCGCGGCAACGUGCAGGUGUCUGACCUCCGCAGGAACAUAGAGAGGUGAGACCCAGAGAGAGAGAGAGCUAAUAGGGUCAUUCCACCUUAAAAAGGACAAGGAAGAGGAUUCCGACACCCACCAUCUCAGAUUUUCCUGAACUUUGUUUCUAUAGUUAGAAACAGGUAAGAUUGGCAUUCCUGAAACAUUCUUUUGUUGAAAUUGUAUUUGAUAUCUGAGAAAUUAAGCUACUUGAUUGCACGCAAAUUGGUCCUUUUAAUUUCUAGGAUUCACAUAAUAUUCAAUAAAUAUAUACUGAACAAAAAUAUAAACGCAACAUGAACAAUUUUCCUGAGUUACAGUUCAUAUAAGGAAAUCAGUCAAUUGCAAUAAAUGUAUUAGGCCCUAAUCUAUGGAUUUCACAUGAUUGGGCAGGGGCGCUGCCAUGGGUGGGCCUGGGAGGGCAUAGGCCCACCCACUUGGGAGUCAGGCCCACCCACUGUGGAGCCAGGCCCAGCCAAUCAGAAUUAGUUUUUCCCCACAAAAGGGCUUUAUUACAGACAGAAAUACUCCUCAGCAUCCCACCCUCCCCCUCUGACGAUCCCGCAGGUGAAGAAACCAGAUGUGGAGGUCCUGGGCUGGCAUGGUUACAUGUGGUCUGCGGUUGUGAGGCCGGUUGGACGUACUGCCAAAUUCUCUAUAACGAUGUUGGAGGCGGCUUAUGGUAGAGAAAUUAGCAUUCCAUUUUCUGGAAACAGCUCUGAUGGACAUUCCUGCAGUCAGCAUGCCAGUUGCACGCGCCUUCAAAACUUGAGACAUCUGUGGCAUUGUGUUGCGUGACAAAACUGCACAUUUUAGAGUGGCCUUUUAUUGUCCCCAGCACAAGGUGCACCAGUGUAAUGAUCAUGCUGUUUAAUCAGCUUCUUGAUAUGCCACACCUGUCUGGUGGAUUGAUGAUCUUGACAAAGGAUAAAAUGCUCACUAACAGGGAUCUAAACUAAUUUGAGAAAAAUAAGCUUUUUGUACGUAUGGAACAUUUCUGGGAUAUUUUCUUUCAGCUAAUAGUAGCGUUUUAUAUUUUUGUUCAGUGUAGUAACUAACAUCUGAUUUGGUCCCAAUUUCAGAACAAUCUGAGAUGGUGGGUGUCAUGGCUUGCUGAAAUGACAUGGAACAAUUCUUCAUUGAUCCCAAAGGGGGAAAUGACUUUGAGCACUAUCCUCCCCUCCCCCGUCUCUAAUAAAAAGUGCUGCCAGUUCACCCAGCAUCAUAACUACUUAUAAGACCCAGAGAUGACCUUCCCAACUGCUCACUCUCAAAUAGUGUUCCCAUUCACCGCUGUGUGUUUGUGCUCCACUACAGACGCCCCUGAUUCAUGACUGGCCCAUUCAGCUCCCACCUUCUUCCCUCCUCUCCCUGAAGUGACCUUUUUCAUGUGGCAUGUUGUCAAGAGCAACAGAAACAGGAGCUUCUAUGAGAGCACAUACUUGUGUGUGUGUGUGACCACCAUGUAAAUCAGGAGGGGAAAUCUCGUGGAGCACAGAGACCUCGUGGCACGUUUAGUAUUAUUCACCUUUCUUGUUGAAUUAGCCUGCUCAUAAAGAUACAAUUUAAAGUCAACCCUGGAUAUGUGGACUGCUUCAGUGUCUGGUACCUGUAAUAUCCUGUAAUAUUCAUCUGUAUGCAUGAUGGAGCACCUUGCCAUAAGGCAAAAGUGAUAACUAAGUGGCUCGGGGUACAAAACAUCGACAUUUUGGGUCCCAUGGCCAGGAAACUCCCCUGACCUUAAUCCCAUUGAGAACUUGUGGUCAAUCCUCAAGAGGCGUGUGGACAAACAAAAACCCACAAAUUCUGACAAACUCCAAGCAUUGAUUAUGCAAGAAUGGGCUGCCAUCAGUCAGGAUGUGGCCCAGAAGUUGACAGACAGCAUGCCAGGGCGGAUUGCAGAGGUCUUGAAAAAGAAGGGUCAACACUGCAAAUAUUGACUCUUUGCAUAAACUUAAUGUAAUUGUCAAUAAAAGCCUUUGACACUUAUGGAAUGCUUGUAAUUAUACUUUAGUAUACCAUAGUAACAUCUGACAAAAAUAUCUAAAAACACUGAAGCAGCAAACUUCGUGAAGACCAAUACUUGUCAUUCUCAAAACUUUUGACCACGACUGUAGUAGAUGUGUUGAAUGAGAGUUGUAGUUUUUAUUUAUUGAAUGAAGAAAUUGUUGUGGUUGUAAUGUUGAAAGUUUUAACUUGUAGUUUUGUUGUUUGUCUUUGUUAGAGUGAUUAUUUUGUUUUAUUACUGUGCUCAGGGCACCUUUGAAAAUGAGACCCUGGUCUCAAUGGGUUUCCUGUGACUAAGUAAAAAAUCAAAUACCCUGUGGGUUGGUUUCCCAGAGCCUAAAAUGCACUUUCAAUGGUGAUUCUCUGUUGAGAAGGAAAAACAGCAUUUAUUCGCCUUCUCUUCUUCUUCCUCUCAGACUGAAGCCCACGCUGCCGUUUGUGUCAUGGAACCAGGAGGGAUGGAAGACAGGCCUGUGUUCUGUGCCCCCUGUUGGUCACUCCCACUCACUACUGGCCCUGGCCAACAACACCUGUGUCAAACCCACCUUCAUGGAGCUCCGAGACCGCUUCGCCAAGCUUUACAGGAAGAAGGUACAUCCUAACCUCUGUUGCAAAAUAAGUGUUUACGGUCCAGAAGAUUGAGGGUUAAAGACAGCAAAAAGACCCAUUUCCAUUUCACAGUGGACAAUACCAGAGUUAUACUAAAGAAUGACAAACAGUUCAUGUUCUUUAAGCAUUCUUAUCUAACAUGAUGGAUUGAUUUGGCAGGCUCACAUGCAUCACUACCUGCAUGUGGAUGGGAUGGAGCAGGGCUGCUUCACGGAGGCUAUCUCCUCCCUCUCCUCUCUGAUAGAAGAGUACAGUCAGCUGGAUGCCACCAAGGACAGACUGAUGCCUGAUGCAGCCAGACUCAACAUCGCCACAUGAAGGUCCUCUGUCUGUGUGUUAGCACUAGCAGACUUUACACAUAAUUGUGUGUGUGUGUGUGUG